CGUUGCUAGUGUUAACGUGCAGGAAGAAAUAUUGUGGAGGAUUAAGAUCAUUUAUCAAGCUGGAUAUGAAAGGAUUUAUUCCUAAAUAGCUCUUAAGGAGGAUUCAUGAAAAUCCCAAAAUUUCACCAACAAGAACAAAAAAAACCUGUCCAUGCCCUACUCAUGCUCCCGAGUGUGUAGGUUUACAAAUGAGACGACGACUAAUGUAAAUCUGGACUUGAUCGACUUCGAAUCCUGUAAUGUUGUAUGGAUUGCUGCACUUUUGUAUAUGGAAUAUACUGUUAAGUUGAAAUUGCUUGUUUUUAUGCUAUGUUUACAGCAUUAAGCAGAAAGCGUUAUCCAGAGCAGCUUGUAGAAGUGCUUUGUAGUCUCUAUUGAAAACACAUUUCACUAGGUCAUAGACUUUUUUUUAAAAAAAAAGAAGGAAAACCUUCUGUAUAAACGGAGGAUGGGCAGGUCUGUGUGCCCAUAGCCAUAAGCUGUAAACAAAUGCCUUUUUUUGGGGGGGGUGGAAUCAAAGCUACUUUGAAAUUUUAUUUCAAUUAUGAAAUUUUUUACAGCGUAAAAUUUUAUUUAUUUUUUUUUAAUGCUGUGCAACACUUCCAAAAAAUCAUCCGAGACCCUUAAAAUAGCAGUUUCCCUGUGUGAUGUGCUUGGUGUCGAUGAUCACCUGGGUACAGUGCAGAGCUUGCUUAUUUAUUUAUUUAUUUAUUUAUUUAUUUAUUUAUUUAUUUUCUUCUCCUUUUCUCGUCACCUCACUUAACUCGCAUAUAAUUCACCUUUUCUGUCAUUUAUCUCUAGGUUUUGACCUUUUCAGAUGCUGUUCAACUGCUAACUCUGGCACAGAAGUGAGUCAGAACAACCUCCAGUUCAGUCUGUUCAUGUCUCCAGCCCUCUGUGCGCUUCACGUUUUGGAAAUUUUUGUGGCUCGCUAAAUGCACAUGAGCUGUGUCAGGAACAUGCUUUGCACUUUACGGGUGAUCGACGUACAGUACACAUGCGAGUACAAAGAAGAUCGUCUGUGAAACUCCUGUGAAUCCGACAGACAGCUUGAGUUCGCUUUGCCGUACACAAACAUCUACAUACAACGUUACUAAAAGAUUGAUAAACGAGGCCCAUUGCCUGUAGACUCUCUAAUCCAGUGUCUUAGCUUUAGGUUUUAGCAGAGCCGACUGUAGAUCACAGGACGGCAUGGAUUGAAGGCGACGGAGCUGUGCUGAAUCGAUGUCCGACGAGUCCGAAAUCCCGUCCGAUUCCCUCUGCUAUACAGAGGGACACCAGGCUUAAACAUAAUGAGAAGCAGUUCUGUCUAGAGCCAUAUAAAAGCACCAAAGAGAAGGAGGCUUUAAAAGCCUGACCAGUAAAUCCAAGAACAGCAGCACAGUCUGGUAACUUUACAACCUGUAAUGUAGUCAUGCUGCCCUGUGUUAUGAUGAUCUUUCAAGUAAAAUAUGUAAAUAAAUGAAAAGGACAACAAGGAGGAAUUUAAAAAUGCUCUACAGGCCUACUUCAGGGAUUGUUAAGUAUAUAUCAUAGUUUAUUAGGAGGGACAAAUGUUGGCCAGAUGUGGGAUUGAGUCACUGCGUAUUGAACCUCUCCAAGUGUUCGCAAGCAGUGACGCUAAUCGCUUUAUAUUAUUAUUAAUAUACUACGCAACUGUUAUUAUUAAAUAUAUUCUAAUGUUAGCCCUGACGUAUUGCUAGAAAAGCUAGGAAAAAUAGCAGAAAGCUCGGUUCAGCGUCGCUACUUUGGCACGGCAGGCGUCAUGCGUCACUUAAAGUGAUUGAAUGUUGGUAUUUUAUGGGCAGCACAAUGUCGCCAUCUCGCAGCUCCAGUUUCUGCGCAUGUUCUCCUCGGUUCUGUUUGGGUUUCCUCUAGGUUCUCCAGUUUUCUCCUCAUACUCUGAACACGUGCUUAUCGGUGGAUUGCUUAUGAAAGAUUCCCUCUAGGAAAGAUCGACUAGCAUCCAAUCUACACUGUAGACUUCUCCUACCUCAAGCCGGUUGUUCCCAGGAUUGGUUCCAGGUCCACUGCAACCCUGACCAGGAUCAAACCGGAUAGCCCAGAGGCUGAUGGGGGCAGCAUGGCAGCAGGGAAGUUGGCGAGCCCACCAUACCCCUGGCACAUCUCUGAAAUACAUCCCGCGCCGAGCCGUCCUCUACGUACCAGGCAACGACGAGCGCAAACUCAGGAAGCUCACCUCGCUGAGCGUCGACUGUGCCGUCUUCGACUGCGAGGACGGCGUCGCGCUUAACAAGAAGGCAGAGGCGCGGGAAACAAUCCCGAAGAUGCUGGCGGAGCUGAAUCUGGGGCACACUGAGAAAUGUGUGCGGGUGAACUCGGUGUCCAGUGGCCUGACCGACACUGAUCUGGAGGUCAUUCUACAGGCAGAGGUCCUGCCCCCGGCACUCAUGCUGCCGAAGGUGGAGGACACCGAGGAAAUACAGUGGUUUGUUGACAGAUUUCAGCAGCGCUUAAAAGGCCGGAUGCUAAUGGAACCCAUUCGCUUGGUAACCUUCGUGGAGACUGCUGUUGGGUUGCUGAAUUUUAAGGCUGUGUGUGAGGCGGCUCGGCAGCUCGGACCAAAAGUUGGGCUCCAUCAUGACGGAGUAGUCUUCGGCUCUGAUGAUUUCUGUGCCAGUAUAGGUGCAACAAGGACUAAGGAUGCCCGAGAGCUGCUGUAUGCUCGUCAGAAAGUGGUGGUCACCACCAAAGCCUUUGGCCUGCAGGCUAUCGACCUUGUGUAUAUCGACUAUCAGGAUGAAGAAGGACUGCGGCAGCAGGCCAGAGAGGGUGCGCUCAUGGGCUUUACUGGGAAGCAAGUCAUCCACCCAAACCAAAUCAAGGCUGUUCAAGAGGAAUUCUCACCCAGUCCAGACAGAGUUAAUUGGGCCACCGAGUUAAUCGCUGCUUUUGAGGAGCACCAGAAGCUAGGAAAGGUAACAUCAUUGCAUCAGCAUGAUCUCCUCUAUUACCCUCCACCACCCUCUUGCAUCCUGCACUGCACCUUGCACUGCUAUGUAGCUGAGAGAGUUUAAGCUUGAAUAAUAAAUAUGACCACAGUUCUUUGCUAUUUAAGCAAAUAAAAUUGAUGAAAUAUUAUCAUCUCUAAUUUGCUGCCUCACCGAGUCUGGUGCUUUGUACACAGUGGUGUGUUGGUGUUGGACAAUCUGCCUGAAUUUAGCUGCCAGUAAUUCUUCGACUAAGACUAGCCUCAGGGACGUCACAUGCUAUUUCUUCCCGUUCAGCUCUCGUCCGCCUCCGUUAUGCCAUACAUUUCUGCUUUCCUGUUUUAACGCUUGUUCUUUGACCUAUAAAACACCCUCCUGUGGUCGAGGAUUUUUUCUGUCACUUGGUAUUUUAAUCUAAAGCCUUGCCAAUAUUAAAAUUCCGUACAUUGCACUUUACAGAAAAGUAAAAUUCGACGCUACAAGCAAGCCGUGUGUAGUAAAGGCUUCUUUCUCUUAGAAGCGGAUGUUGGCCGAGCGAAAU